AUGGCUGAAUGUACUCCCGAUUCCUUCAAAAUCCUGCUAGGAAAACUUGUCAAGACUCCCGAGUAUUUCACUCCGGAAGACCUUGAACUCUCACUUCAUCACCUUUUCACCCCCGAUGCUGCCCUUCCCGCACAAACAGGUGCAUUCCUUGCUGCCCUCCAUAUAGGAAGAUCGACUAUCGUUGGAACUGGAGGAGAUGGUCACAACACGUUUAACGUUAGUACCACAGCAGCCGUCGUUGCUGCAGGCGCAGGUGCUCGAGUAAUCAAGGCUUCCACAUCUUCAUCUGGUUCAGCAGAUCUUCUACAAUCCCUCGACUGUUUAUUCACUGCCCCUUCACAAGGCACUUCCUUUCCCAUAUCUAAGAUGCCGUUCACCUUCAUCCUGGCGCCUCAUUACCAUCCUGCGCUCGCUAUGAUUGCACCAUACCGCAAGUCCUUACCGUUCAGAACGCUCUUCAAUGUCCUUGGACCCCUUAUAAACCCUGCACGUCCACGAGGCAUGGUACUGGGUGUGGCUGAGCGCGAGCUUGGUCCUACCUUCGUUCAGUCCCUACAUGAGGGUGGCGUCGAACGCGCUCUCGUGGUAUGUGGAGCCGAAGGACUUGAUGAGAUCAGCUGUGCAGGCAACACAUACGCGUGGCAAUUAGUGGAUGGCAAAAUUACCGAAACCACAUUGCACCCAGAUCUUUUUGGAUUGAGCACCCAUCCACUUACAUCCGUAGCUGGCGGAACGCCAACAGAGAAUGCAGAGACAUUCAAAGCGCUCCUCAACUCGGGUAAUGACAUACCAGAGUCAUUGACGCCUGUUCUGCACUUCGUCUUGUUGAAUGCAUCGGCGCUUCUGGUUGUUGCAGGUUUAGCUUCAGACUUCAAAGAAGGGGUUGCGCUAGCGAUGAAUAGCAUAACUUCGGGGAGCGCAUGGGAUGCAUUUGUAGUGUUUCGAAAUGCUAGUAGGGAGUCAGUGAAGGAGACCAACGAAGUCGAAAAAAAGGAAAUCUAG